AGGGUGGAGUGUAUGUCCGUAGGAAUAUAUACGUAUUAUAGUAUAAAAGGCAAACACAGAUCCAUAGUCAACCAUCAUUCACUUGUACUUUCUUGCAAGGAAAACAAACCUCCUCACUCCCGAAAACAAAAUGAACAAGUUCAUCAUGGUUGCUGCUAUGCUGAUGAUGGUUGCUGCCGCCGCAGCUGCGCCACAGUCCUACCCAUCAGAGUCUAGCGCCAAACCGUCUUACGAUGAUGCUCCCAAACCGUACAGCUUCGACUGGAACGUUAAGGAUGACGAGAGCAAGAACGACUACGGACACAAGGAGACCAGCGAUGGCAAAGUUGUCACCGGAUCUUACCGCGUUGUCCUGCCCGAUGGCCGCACUCAGAUCGUGACUUACAAGGCCGAUGAGAACGGCUACGUGGCUGAUGUGAAAUACGAAGGAGAAGCCCAAUACCCUGCACCCGAAUACAAACCGGCCAGCAAGUACUGAAUAUUGUAAAAGAAAAUGAUUUUUUGUUUGUGUAUUUAUUUUGUGAGACUCAAAAGAAAUGAACCGAAAUAUAAUAUCGCGAAAACAGCAACAAAA